AUACUUCUGUUUUCUCCUGUAGGCAGCAGAUCGUGUGUUCGGAUCUCCGGAUGGAUAUGAAUUAUAUAAUAUCAUGACUGCUAACAGAGGAGUGAACACUCCUCCAGACUGCGAUGAACAUACUGGUACACUCAUGCCUUCUGAUAACUUUGGCAGUGUUACUCCAGACCGCAGACACCCAGAACCCAGCGCCUCUCCAGUUCCAGACGUCUCCAGUUCUGGUGGCUACAGGCAGUAAUGCCAUCUUUUCUCUGCAGACCAUCACCGAGACCUUCUCCGUGGCCUGGAUCGCUCCUGGUGGGAGUACCCUGGGUCAGUGGGUGGGAGGCCAGGCUGUGCUUAACUCAGUAUCUCAGUACCAGGGCAGAGUGACCAUAACUGCCACUCAGCUCACCAUCAGCUCCACCCAGCUCAGCGAUGCUGGAAACUACACGGCCACGGUGGUACCGAUAGCCACCACCGGACUCACCACCAACUCCCUCUCUGUAGCUUUAAAGGUCUACGAUGCGGUGAGUCAGGUGAGUGUGGUGGCUCCGUCUCUGGUUAUAGAAGGUGGGAACGUGUCUGUGAGGUGUAGUUGGGGUAAAGGUUCUGGGGUCAGUGUGGUGUGGGCUCUCGGCAGCACCGGCCUCGUCUCCAACUCUCACGUCACCGUCAGCGCCGGAUCUGUGAUCAUCAGUCCGGUGAGCAGGAGCGACGCUGGAGUCUACAGCUGCACCGUCAGCAACCCCAUCAGCGCCCAGACUGCCUCCGCCACCCUCACCGUCUACUAUGGUCCGGACACCCCCCAGGUGACGAAGACGUCCGCGCAGUGUGUGGGAGGCGGGGACGCCACGGUCGGUCAGACGGUGAAGCUCACCUGCACGUCCGUCUCUCUGCCACCUGCCCUGUUAUCCUGGACAUACGGUGGCAGCGUUUUAACCGCCAGCUCAACCACCGGCGGCUCCCUGGACCUGACAGUGUUCUCCACCAAUCAGAGCGGAGAGUACACCUGCACGGCGUUGAAUAGCAUCACCACAGGCUCCUCCCAGCAGCAGCUCAACCUCUCCGUGGUGGGUACGUGUCUCAGUGUGGGUGCGGUGGCAGGAAUUGUCGUUGCAUGCUUUGUUGCCCUGGUCUUAAUUAUCAUCGCCAUAGUGCUGCUGCUGCGCCAGCGGAAGGUGGAUCGGAGACUCAGGGAAGUCGCAGGACACCAGAAGACGAACCCGAACAACAGACCACCAGAUCUUCCAGCUCCACAGAACGGCCUGCCGUCUGCCGUCGUUGCCAAUGGUAACCAAGCCAAUCCACCGCUGCACAACUCCAGUAGACCUCCCAAUCUUCCCAAGAGCGAAGAACCCACUGUCUGGCACACCGGCCAAGAGGAGAACAACUCACAAAACAGACUCAACAACACUAAUCUUAACACUGCCACACUCCCAAACAAUGGCAACCGCGACUCCAGCACCCUCCCGAACAAUGGACAUCAGAAUGGCUAUUCAAAUCCAAACAAUGGCCUGCAUAACUCCAGCGUGUUCCCACAGUCGCGCCAACAGAACCCAAAUAUUCUCAUACAAACAGGCAAUGGAGAGCCUGGAGGUCAGACUGUGCUAAUAAACCUUAACCCAAUGCCGCAAAUGGAAGUGCACAACUCGACUUCACAGCCCCAAACUGUGCAAGUAAGCCUCAAUCCUGUGCCUCAAAUAACUCCAGGAAAUCAAACAUCAAACCAGAAUGUCGCAAUGUUUAACGAUCAGCAAAACGGCAUGGCGGUACCACAGAGACUUGCUAAUGGUAGCCAGCAGAACCUCCUCCUUCAAACCGGUGGUGCAACUCAGACAGAUCUGAACAGUACUUCGGCUGCAAAUCGACUCAAUCAAGCAGUCAAUCCAGCAGUCAAUCAAGCAGUCAAUCCAGCAGUCAAUCAAGCAGUCAAUCCAGCAGUCAAUCAAGCAGUCAAUCAAGCACCCAACGUUCUCGUUCCAACUGGCUACAACUCGCAUCCAACCACGCACAGCAGAACGGGGCGUCAAACUAGAACGACACAUCGUUCCUCUGAGAGGCGAAACAGACGCUCAAAUACAAAUAGGACUCGUUCCAGAUCUUCUGAUUCCACAACAAGUUCCAGCCCACAUCUUCGUCAGAUGCCAUGGGACCGUCUUCGAGGUACUCCGGCGUAUCCUAACCAUCAAACGGACAGUUCUGACAGUUAUGAGUCUCGGCAUUCAACAGAACGAGACAGAACAUCUCGGGCAGAUCCCAAUUUGGGGCGAUCAACUCAGGUUCCCAGAGAGAGGUCACCUCCGGUAGGUUUACCUGAUGGACAGGUUUGGACUGUUUCUGAGACACCAAGGAGAAACUUCCAGAGAGAGGCAGCCAACAGUCCCUCUCGAGUGGACCCGAAUGUCCAGAGGCAAGAUCUACAUGACGUCCAUCAGAAUUGGACUGCUUUGCCACAAUCUGUACCUCAAAAUGUACAGCUACCUCAUGCAACAAGCGUACCUCAAAAUCAAGCAAUUGAGGGACAUCGUACUCAACUGCCUCCGUUGACGACGCCCCAGACCAGGCCUCAAAAAGCAAACCUUCCACACCCCCUCCCUCUUACCGAAGCUGCCCUUCAACUGCACACCACUCACACCCCCAACCCCUUCUCCAGCCGGAUCCAGCAGACCCAAGCUGCCCUACAGAACCCUGGUCCAGCAUCACGUCCUACAGAAGCUCAAACAACCCAAGCAGGUCAGAGACCGCCGACUCCCCCUGCGGUUCUACGACCUGCAGAGUUUCGGACUUUGCCACGAGAACGUCUUCAGCAACCGCAGACAUUACAACCUGUUCAAGUGAUGAGGCAACCUCACGGCACUCACAGACACCAACGGGCCAAUCACGUUAGUCCACAACGACACCCAGGAAACCAGCACAUGCAUCCCACCGCAUUAAGACACGGCAACAUGCCACCCCAAAGACAGCACCCACAUACAAGCCAGGUCCACAGAAGCAGACACAGGUUCUGAGAUGAUCCAGACUG